AUGGAUGGUGGCAGUGGUUUGAACAUCCUGUAUGCUGAGACUCUCCAAGGAAUGGGCAUUCUAAUGUCCCAACUCAGUGAAAGCAACAUGCAGUUCCAUGGAGUCAUCCCAAGGAAGAAGGCAAAGUCACUCUGGCAGAUUGCUCUAGAUGUGGUUUUUGGUGAUUCCAAGAAUUUUCACAAGGAGAAGUUGAUGUUUGAGGUAGUGGAUUUCCAUAGUGCCUAUCAUGCUAUUCUGGGCAGACCAGCAUAUGCUCGUUUCUUGUCCCGUCCAUGUUACAUCUAUCUUAAGCUGAAGAUGCCCGGACCCAAGGGUGUGAUUACGAUCACUGGGAAGAGGCAGAAAGCAGAGGAAUGCCUUCAGAAGGGGUCCAAGAUCGCUGACGAGAAAAUGGCAGUGGUGGAACUAGAGGAAUACAAGAAGGACGCUGAUCCGAGUGACCUGCUCCAAGCCAAGAAGCUCGCUUCUGAAUCGGCAUUUCAGUCGGCCGGUGAGACGAAGCCUGUUCACAUCCACCCGGAAGAUCCCACGGCCGCUCUGACCCAUAUCUCAACGACACUCGACAGCAAAUAG